AUGGCUGAUCCUGUCAUUUCCUGGUGCUCAAACCCACAGAAAACUGCUAUCCUGUGGUCCCCUCACAAGGAGCAGCCAUAUGGAGCACUUAUUUGGAGAGAAAGAAUUGCCCAAUUACGUGUUGUUGACCCAGAAACAUUUCAAUAUGGGCUGAAUCUUUAUGACAAUAUCAUGAGUAGCAAAGCCAAUAUAAUGAUCGUGUAUGGAGAAUCUUAUACCAUUGUAUAUUUGAGAUGGUUGUCAGUUCUGUCAAAUCUAGAAGAUGUGACAAGGAUGCCAAAAGGUAAAGUUUGGAUAAUGACAUCCCAGAUGGAGUUCAUUGCAUUUGCCUAUCAAAGGAAUUGGGAUACAGAAAUGCUCCAUGGUGCUCUGUCCUUCUCAGUUCACUCUAGUGACUUACCAGGUUAUAAGUUAUUUGUUGAGAGCAGAAAUCCUUCUAGUGCAGCAGCAGAUGGGUUUAUCAAAGACUUUUGGCAAAAUGCCUUCAACUGUAUAUUUCCAAAUUCAACCACGGACAAAGUGGUUGAUAAUGUUUGCUCUGGAGAGGAGAAACUAGAAAGCCUUCCUGCUCCUUUUUUUGAAAUGAACAUGACCGGCCAUAGCUAUAGCAUCUACAAUGCUGUCUAUGCAGUGGCUCAUUCUUUACAUGCCAUGUUUGCAUCUAGAUUUAUUCACAGAGCAGUAGUAGAGAAGAUGGAUCUGAAACUUCACAACCAGCCAUUGUGGCAGUUUCAUCAUUUUUUGAGACGAGUCUCAUUUAAGAGUGCUGGAGAGAACAUUUCCUUUGAUGAGAAUGGGGAGUUAGUAGCUGGAUUGGAUGUGAUCAAUUGGAUUUUUUCCUCUAAUCAAACUUUUCAUAAAGUGAUAGUUGGGUGGAUGGAUCCUCAUGCUUCUCCAGAACAAGCCUUCACCAUCAGUGGAGAUGCCAUAACAUGGCAUAGCUGGUUUAAUCAGGUCCUGCCCCUUUCAGUAUGCAGUGAGAGUUGCUAUCCUGGUACCAGCAAGAAAGUAAAGGAGGGGAAACUGUUUUGUUGCUAUGAUUGCAUCCUGUGUCCUGAAGGGAAGAUUUCAGAGGAGCAGGAUAUGAAUGACUGCCAUAAAUGUACAGAAAGAACAUAUCCAAGCAAGAGCCAGGAUUUCUGUAUUCCCAAGAUUAUAAGCUACUUAUCUUAUGAAGAAUAUUUGGGGAUAAUUUUAGCUUUCCUUGCUCUUUUCUUUUCUUUGAUGACAUCUCUGGUGCUUGGAACAUUUAUGAAACAUCGCAACACUCCCGUUGUCAAGGCCAAUAAUAGGAAUCUCACCUACUGCCUCCUCUUCUCGCUCCUGCUAUGUUUUCUCAGUGCAUUGCUAUUCAUUGGUCAGCCACAGAAAGUGACAUGCUUUCUUCGACAAGCCACUUUUGGCAUCAUCUUCUCAGUGGCCAUUUCUUGUGUGUUGGCCAAGACUAUAACAGUGGUUUUAGCUUUCAUGGCUGCUCAGCCUGGAUCUAGGAUGAGAAAGUGGGUGGGGAAACGCCUGGCCAACUCCAUUGUUUUUUCUUGCUCCCUUAUUCAAGCAGGUAUCAGUAUGGUAUGGCUGGCAAUCUCUCCCCCUUUCCCAGAUGUUGACUUGCACUCCAUGCCUGAAGUAAUUGUACUGGAAUGUAAUGAAGGCUCUGUGACUAUGUUUUAUUGUAUCCUGGGCUACCUUGGAUUCCUGGCCACCAUUAGCUUUGCUGUGGCCUUUUCUGCCAGGAAGUUACCAGGCAGUUUCAAUGAAGCUAAGUUCAUCACUUUCAGCAUGUUAGUUUUUUGCAGUGUCUGGUUGUCUUUUGUUCCAACUUAUCUGAGUUCCAAAGGAAAAUAUAUGGUAGCUGUGGAGAUCUUUUCCAUUUUAGCCUCCAGCAUUGGACUGCUAGGUUGUAUCUUUUUACCCAAAUGUUUCAUUUUAAUAUUGAGGCCUGAACAGAAUACUAGGAAAUAUGUAAUUAGAAAGAAGUGACAAUGAGAAGAAAAAUCACAUUUUAAAGUAUUUCUUGUAUAUUCACUUGCUGUAACAAUAUUGUCUCAUCUUCCUUUUAACCACAUUCCUCAAAGCACACUAUUAAAUUUUAUUUUGCCCCAUCAAUCCAGAAUGAGCAUUUGAAAAACAACA